AUGCUCAAGACUCCCCAUUGGGGGAAGACCGACUGGGUGUUGUACAUCGCCGAGCUCCUGGCCUGGCUGAAAAUUCGAGCAGACUAUGACGAAUACACCAGCGACCCGAGGGCCCCGUGGCCCCAUAGCUUCGUUGUGCAAGACAUGGUGCAGGCUUUUGUGACCAUGGCCAUGUUCUUCCCAGAGUCGGAAGCAGCCGCCAGUGUGAUGACACUUUUCAGAUCAGAGGAGUGGGAGAAACUCAGGAACUCAGCGAUAUUCGACCCACGAGAACGAAGCAAGACGCUGCCUGACCGAAGAAGCCGAACAAGCUACAAAUUCCGCGACCCAAAGUUCUGGACACCGUGGAAGGACCUUGGGAAAAGCAACCGCUACUAUGCAGACAUCUAUCCUCUUGACUGGAGUCUUGCCGUUCGUCCCAUUGUCGCUAAAUUAUAUCGCGCAGGAAUCAUUGCACCGGCAUACCUGCAAAACGACCCCGAAGUCGUCCCCGGAAUAGCCACGGCUAUGACCGAGCCGCACCGCCCCGACAAACUCGACCUCUUCAUCUGCUACGAGGACCCGUACAACCGGUUCCCCCCAAUCUUCCCACCCAACUUUGCCGGACCUGACAAAUGGCCAAAGCUGCUCCGUCGCGCCGAGGACUUUGCAAGCAAGCACCCAAGCGCCCGCUUCGCCCUCCUGCGGCUGUGCGAAUUCAGCAUUCAUCUGACCGUUUCGUCGAGGCUAGAACUCUUGGAGAAGCAGUUUGGGGACAGGGUGAUUAGCAGGGGAGAUUUGAUUCUUGUUAUGGGAGAGGAUGCGAGUGACUUGAUGAAGUAUUGUACGGCUGUGACUUUUGCUCUGCAGACGAAGCCGUGGCUGAGAGAGGUUGAUCUGUGGAAGAGUUAUAUCAAUGUUGGGAUGGAUCUGUUGCAGGAUUUAGAUCAUUUUUGGUGGGAUUGA